AUGUCUUUGUAUCCAAAUAUCAAAGAAUCUAGUAGUGAAUCAAAUGAAGAAACCGAUUUCAUGGAUUUAUUAUCAAGAGAGAUUGAUACAUCGAAUCCAGAUUUAGUUACAAUUUUUUCACAAUUACAAAAACAUCCAAACUCAAUUUCACACUUGAAAUCAUUUAUUCUUGCUCUACUAAGAACCAAAUCUUCAAGCGGAAUAACAGAACGUCUUGCAUCAUACUUAAUUAGCCAUGUAACAUUACUUGAAGCAAUUACACACAACGUUGAACUUGCCAGUCUAUUUUUAAUCAGCGAAAACGGCAAACAAACAUUCACAUCCGUACACAAAGCAUUUCUUAAAGAACAAGCAUCACGAACUCGCGUUUUUUUGCAAGAAAACGGAUUCGAUAACGUAUCUAAUUCAAACCAUUUAAACGACUACAAAUACUAUAGUAUUCAAAUCGAUAGCAUAGAUGAAAGAUUGUCGGAACUUGAUAUCAUUGCAAAAGAUGCAUUCAAGAGUAAAAAUGUCAAUUCAUUAAAGAAUGCAUUCAAAGAAGUCUAUUCUCUUUUAGCAGUAUGCAUGAUAUUCAAUGAUGUUGUUCUUCGAAACCAGUCAAGUAUGUCAUCAGACUCACUGAGAAUGAUUCAUAAUGCAUUUCCAGAUUCACCACAAGAUACGAAUGAGUUCAUUAAAUGGAUCAAGCAACUCAUUGAAGAACGUGAUUCAUCAAUUAAAAACAUUAAAACAUUCAACAUUGAACAAUCCAAAAUGUAUGAAAAGAUUAACAAUCUUGAAACAGAGUUACAAACAAAAACUAAACGCACAAAGAUCUCAAGCAAUGAUUUCGAAGAAACUCAUGAAGCUCUUGUCCAGAAAGUUUCAGAUCUGCAACGUCAACUUAAUGAUUUUCAUCAACAAUUUGGCAAUAAAGAUACAGAGAGCGUUGAACUCCAACGUUUAAGGAAUAAGUUCCAAAAGAAUGAACGAGAAAACAAUAUCAAUCUUAAGUCGUUAGAAUCCGAAAAUUCAUCUCUUCGUGCUAAGAAGACGAUCUUCUUCAAAAACUGA